AAUAUAUAGAUCUCAAAUCGAAAAGUUGUGUGAUUUUGCUACGACUUUGCUAUAAAAUAUUUGUGUUAGAGUGGCAACCACAACACUUGUCGACAGAUAUUUCAGCUGUUUUUGACAGCUCUGCAGAUCAAAACAAAAAUAGACAAAAAUUUCUGUUGACUGAUUAAAAUAACAUCAUCAUGGGUGGUUGGGUAUUGGAAGUCUGCAAGAUGGCAAUGUACAUGACUUUUCCAGUAGCGUUGUUCCACAUUUUCAAUCAACCGGACUAUUUUGAAGAAUGGGUCACUAAAAAGAAGCGCGAGCUGUAUCCUCCAGAAAAUUUAAGUCACCGCGCAGAGAUCGAAGAGGCAAUUCGUGCUGUGCGUGAAAAACGUAAUUUACAAAUGAUGAAAGCCUUUGAUGAAAUUGAACAAAAGUCUAAAUAGUGUAUGAACUAUUGAACAGCAUUUUAUAUAAUAUUCUUUUUGUUUUUAAGUAAUGUAAAUAUUUAAGAUUAAACUUGUUAAAACAAAAUGAUCUUGUGGUGAUUUUAAAUGCCGAAAUAAAACUUCU